AUGACAUUUAUAUCAAUUCUAUUAUUAUUUAUUAUUCUUAUUAUUCUUAUUUGCCUUAUAUUCAAACAAUGGAUUAUCCACUAUAUUCAAAUAUCACAAGCUUAUAAGAACAUUCCAUGCCUACCAAGUAAAUUACCGAUAUUAGGAGAUAUAUUGACUUUACCAUUAGAUUCAUAUAAGUUCACAAAAAGAGUUGCUGAAAUUUAUGGAUAUGCAAAACAUAAAGAUCUGUAUUGCAUAUGGCUCGGUACAUAUCCUUUACUUGCAUUUUUUCAUCCAGUUGGACUUGAACAUUUUUUUUCUGGUACGAAACAUAUUAAAAAAUCAUCAGAUUAUAUGUAUGUUCAACCAUGGCUUCGAACUGGCUUAUUAACAAGGUUAGUUA